AUGGGUCGUUUCAAAAACCAACAAGAAACGCGUCUCUUUCUGUAGUAAUAGCGUGUAAAAUGAAUUCAUUUCUAUUAGUAUUAUUUAACGUUUUUGUUUUUUCUCUCUAUAAUCAAUUUCCGUGUUACCUCACCUUACCUAUCUUUCUCAACAAUCAAAACAACCAUUUCAAUUUUUCCAUUACUAUAAAACAACAUUUUCUCUUUCACAAAAAAAAAACCCUAAAACCCAUUUCAUCUUCAUCUUCAUCUUCAUCUAUCAAUUCAAUUCAAUUCAACCAUGUCUCGAUUCAGUAACAACCUAAUCGGAAUCCUCAAUUUCCUAACCCUACUCCUCUCAAUCCCAAUUCUAGUCAUGGGAGUAUGGCUCCACAAACAGUCCACCACGGAAUGCGAACGCUUCUUAGAGAAACCCAUUAUUGCCCUUGGCGUUUUCCUCUUGGUUGUUUCUCUCAUGGGUUUAAUCGGUGCUUGUUGCAGAGUCUCAUGGCUUCUGUGGUUCUAUCUUCUCGUCAUGUUCUUGCUUAUUGUUCUUCUUUUCGCUUUCACGAUCUUUGCGUUUGUUGUUACUAACAAAGGUGCGGGUGAAGCUUUGUCGAAUCGGGGGUAUAAGGAGUAUAGGCUUGGGGAUUAUUCGAAUUGGUUGCAGAAUAAGGUUACCAAUGGGAAUACUUGGGAGAGGAUUAGGGGUUGUUUGGAAUCGGGGAAGCUUUGCUCUGAAUAUCAUUUCAAGUUUUUGAAUGAUAAUAUCGAGAAAUUUCAUACUGAACAAUUGUCUGCUCUUCAGGUGCGGGUACGAUACAUGGUACAAGAAACGGCAUUUUUAAAAAAUAUCAAGUCUGGAUGUUGUAAGCCUUCAGAGGACUGUGGUUUUACUUAUGUGAGCCCUACAAACUGGACGCCCGGAAAUGUUAAUUCUACAAACCUUGACUGUAAAGCUUGGAACAACGAUCCGAAGAUUCUGUGUUUUGAUUGCCAAUCUUGCAAGGCUGGGUUACUGCAAAACCUCAAGACUGAUUGGAAGAAGGUGGCCGUAGUCAACAUCAUAUUCCUGAUUUUUCUGGUCAUUGUAUACUCCAUCGGCUGCUGCGCAUUCAGGAAUAACAGGCAGGACAAUUGGAAGAGAUAUUAGGCUCUUGAGCAUUAUUAGCAUGUAGAUGAUUUAGGCUAUAUGGUUUAUAUGCUGAUUUUGUGUGUGUGGAUUUCAUACUGUUUUUCAGUACAGUUUGACUGUUUGUGUAAAUUGCUAAACUUUAUAGUAUUACAGUAUGUGGAUUGAAAUUGACUUCAAAUUAA